AUGCCGAUGAACUUUAACACGUGCAUUACUAAAAAUAUAUUCGAGGAUUCUCGACUAUUGACUUUGGACUUUUUAUGCAAUGAAUUGAUUGGAAGAAACAUAUUUCGGCGAUCGGCAGUUCGGCCGACAACGAUGUCGAGAAAAAGUGCACGAUUGCAGUCAAAAGUGAAAAGUGAGGAAGAAGUUUUUAUGAAAAUCAAAAGGAAAAGAAAAGCCGACGAGGCAUUUGAGGAAGAUGCUAAUAUGAAUAAUCGAAGCAAGCAGUUUAGAAUAGAGAACCAAUGGAUUCCAAUAUCAGAAAACUCAUCCAUAACUACCUGUACCCUAGUGCCAAGUGAACCACUUUCCCCCGAGUCGGACUUAAAAUCCUCCCCUUUAACUGUACUUAGUUCCCAGUUCAGAUUUAGAAAUAUUUGCACCCAUGCGUGUAGACUGUCCCCCCUGCCCACAUUUAGUUGGGCAGAUUCCCAAGAAGUAUGGACCUUGAUGCUUCGAAAGGAAUCACAAUAUAACCGAAAUCAUCAUAUGUUUGAUCGCCAUCCCACACUUCAACCAAGAAUGAGAUCCAUACUGCUAGAUUGGAUUAUAGAGGUUUGUGAAGUAUACAGAUUACAUAGGGAAACCUUCUACCUCAGUGUUGAUUUUAUUGACCGUUUUCUUAGUACCACAAACAAUGUCAUGAAACACCAGCUUCAACUCGUAGGAAUAACAGCACUCUUCAUUGCAGCUAAGUUAGAGGAAAUUUAUCCACCUAAGAUAGCUGAAUUUGCCUAUGUCACAGAUGGUGCUUGCUCAGAAGCAGAGAUAUUGGAGCAAGAACUUGUUAUUUUAAAGGCUUUGAAGUGGGAUCUCUCUCCAAUGACCAUCACAGCUUGGCUGAAUGUCUACCUUCAAGUGGCCAACAUAGACCACAUAGUGGAGGCAGAACAUGGAUAAAUUUUAAAUUUUUGUUUUCCCCUAAGUAUUCAUCACAUAUUUUGAUAUGAUUAACAGUUGACAGACUUGUGUAUACUGGACAUUAGCUGUAUGGAGUACACUUACAGUCAGUUAGCAGCUGCUGCCCUGUAUCAUCUUACCUCAAGAGAAAUGGUGCUGUCUGUUACUGGGUAUGAGUGGAAAGACUUGGAGCCGUGUGUAGAGUGGAUGGCACCGUUUGCUCGGACACACAUGGACGAGGGCUCUGUAGAGGUCAAGUUUUUCCCGAGCAUACCGGCCGAGGACUCCCAUAACAUCCAGAUUCACUCUGUAGAUCUAAACAUGCUGGAAAGAGCUCAAGAAUUACAGGAAGAAAUCCAAACUCUGCUGAGGGCGAGAAGUCCAGACCCCCAAGCUCAAGUCAUCACACAGUUAACCCCUCCCCAUAGCGGCAACAAGAAGUCGAAUACCUCCAAAGAUUCCAACACCUCCUUUAGUUCCAGUGAGUUAGAUUCUUUCGAGAAAGAAUCGGGGGAGUUAAAGUAGGAGUGUAUUGUGUACAAGAGAGUAGACUGUAUAAUUGAGGGAUAAUUUCAAAUUGUGCUAUUGUACAGAAAUACUAGACAAUUAUCUCAGGUUAACUUUUGAGUCUUCUGCUGAUAUAUAUCUGAUGACCUAGAAUCCUCAGGAAUAUACUAGGGAGAAAGUUGUAUCUUGUAUACUUUACAGCAGAAUGAAGGGUAUUCUUGUGUAAUCUAGUGCUGCGUGUGUUGAUUAACAUAUAUUUAAUCUGUGUGGUCGAUUUCCUAUAUCGACGUGUGUGGUAUUUAUUGUUGAUACAUAGGGUGUGACUGAGUGUAUUGUAAACUUAUAAUCUUAAUUUAACAAAACUGUUCUUGCAAUAUUUUCAUGUUUUGUUUAUAUAUUGCACCCAUUUUAAAGGGUGGGGUCUGUAUAGCUCUUUAGUAGUGGGACCAACAAAUUUUACAUGCAUAAGUUUUCAAUUGUACCCAUGAUUAUAGGAACAAUGUUUUCCAUUCAUGUAUGGCCACUUUGUGUUCAUCUCAAUGUUCAAAGAAUAAAUUUCAGUCAAAAUACAAUGAAUCAAAUACAUAUACUUGAUAUUAUUUACAAUAUCCCAUGUGUUCAUGUUGAAAUAUGGCAAUGAAACCACUUGUGUUCACAAUUCCACCAAAUGUGUUCAUUUUUAUUAAGGUAUGAAUGUUAAGUGUGAUUGUUAAACAAAAUGCAAGAGGAAGAAUGGAGAUUUUGAGAUUUUUAUGUUCUAAUGUACAUGGUAUUUGUGCAAUUUAAAGUUUCUUUUUAACAGCUGACAAGUCAAUUCAUUUGUGAUUUCCUUUAUUGAUACUGCUGCAAGUGGGAUGACUAUGUUUGAUUCAAAAACAAAUUUGUAAAUUGCCUCCUAAACAAAUAACUUUUACUAAAAAUUGCAAGAUACUGGUGUGUGUUAAAAUACUGAUAUUGGAUCUGAACUCUGUAAAUGAAUUGAAACUUAUAUUGCUAGAGAUUUCAGUAGAAAGAUAAAGCAAAAUAUUUUUCAAAAUGAAAGAAAAAUAUGUUAUAACAAAGAGGGUUGAUGACUACACAAAUUGAACCAAAUUUUUUCCUUGUUACUUGUUUUUUCUUCUUCUCAUGCCUUUUUGUAAUGUUGGAACUUUGUGUAUUUUUAAGGUUUAGAAUCAUCUAAUGUUUAUGAAGAUAUCAUGCAUUUUAUUUUUCACCUUUUGUUUUACUUUUAAAGAAAUCAGAACUUCAGCAUAGCAUAGGAUCACAUUUCAAUUAACUAUAUUAACUCUAGAAUCAAAUCAUGUGCUCUUCAUAAUUCACUAUACAAUUCAUCUGCAUAUAAUGCAAAAUUUAAUGGGUUUUUAUGGGUCUCUGCUUAUUUUCCUUGGUGAAUCCUCAUACUUUAUCCAUAAAAUGGAUAUGGAAAAAAAAUAAUCGGGUGCUUUACUACAUUGAUUAUAAACACGGUGAAUGGAUGUUAGAAGAAUUGUUGUGUCCAAAGAAGAAUUUCUAUGAAUAUAUUUAAUAAUUUAUCCUCAGUAAUUUAUGAUUUAUCUGCCACAGAUUUAAAGAUGUAUAAUUUAGAUUUGAUUCAUAUUAAUUUAUUUUCUUUUUUUAUUUAUCUUUUUUUCCUGUAUCUGAGAAUAUAUUAUCGAAAUAUAUUGUGUACUCUGUACAAUGGCAAUAUACUAUAUAAAUAUAUGAAAUACUUAUAGUCAUUUGAAAGUCAAAGGAUUUAUUGACAAUCCUUGUCUAAGUAUUGUAGUAGCAUUUUAAAGUAGAUUUAGUUUGAAAACAAAUGUACAUUACAUGAAACUCUACAUGAUACAUCACACAUUCUUGUUAUCCGAAAAACAGUCAUGAGAAAUCUGAAGUAAUUCAGUUGAACAUCUAUUAUUUUUAUAUACUCAUACUCAUCUUGUAAAUGUUCAUCCUUAACACAUUGACGUUUGUUAUGGUUAAGUUUUUAAAUAUUUGACAAAGCAAGUUUUAGUCAAAUGUAUAUUAAAAAAAAGAUGCAAUAAAUGUUGUUGUAAAUUACA